UUAAUGAAAUAAUUUUAGGGUUAGGUUACAUUUAGGUUAGGUUAAGUUGUAUACGAUAGACAGAUUCUUAUUUUCAAAUAUACGACUCGACAGUAGAUCAUUUAAUCAUUCUUGUUAAUACGAUAUUAUUUCAUAUGAAACUAAUAUAUUUGAAUAAAAAAGUAAGUGGCAAAAAGUGAAAGAAGGAAGGAAAAGUUAUGGAUAACGCUGAAGAGUGUUCGGAUGACAAGAAUGACGCUUCUCCACCAAAACGAGUUAAAGAUACGUCUGCUCUCAGCAAUUUGAAGAAAUCUGAAUUCUCCAAGGAGCCAACUUUAAAUCCUAUACCUGGAACUUUGGGUGCGACAUCUUCUGGUAGAACUAACGCUGUUCUUGUCAGUCCAAAACAGAAAGGAAACCCAUUGCUAAAAUUCAUAACCAAUGUACCAUGGGAAUUUUCCAAUAUUGUACCAGAUUAUGUAAUGGGAAAAACUACUUGUGCACUUUUUCUGUCGAUUCGUUAUCAUCAAUUGAAUCCUGAUUAUAUCCAUGAAAGACUGAAGCAGUUGGGCAAUGCUUAUAAUCUACGAGUGCUCUUGGUACAGAUAGACAUAGCUGAUCCUCAUCAUAUCUUGAAACAUUUAACAAGAAUAUCUAUUCUCGCUGAUAUAACAAUCAUGUUGGCGUGGAGUGUAGAAGAUGCAGGAAAGAUUAUCGAAACAUACAAAAGAUACGAAAUUAAACCACCCGACGAUAUUAUGGAACGUAGCGAUAGCGCACCUCAUCAGAAGUUGAUCAGUGCUUUAACCACGGUAAGAUCCGUGAACAAAACGGACGCGAUGACUCUGUUGUCGACAUUCAGCACGUUGGACAAUAUAGUAAGAGCGCAACCGAAUACUUUGGCCUUGUGCCCGGGAUUCGGUCUGCAUAAAGCCCAGAAACUUUAUAAAGCGUUGCAUGAGCCAUUUCUACGCACUCCGAAAUGAACAGAGUGCUCUUAUACAUAAGACGUCCGUCGUACCAAUUAAAAUAUUUAAGAUGAUUAAAAUAACUUAUAAUAAUUGUAAAAAAUAAUAAGUAAAUAAGAUAAAUUAAUAAAUUCAUAAUUUUAAUAUAUUUAAAAAUUGCAUACUUGAUUAAAAGAAUAUAGUUGGAUCAAUUAAUUUUAAUAAAAAUAAUUUAAAUAA